AUGUCUGCUGUCAACGGCGCUGGCCUUAGCAGCUCCUCCAAGGCUACCGAUCAUGACAGCGGCGUAGCCACCGGCUUCCAGCCCCAGAACAAGAUGACGGUCCACCCGCCUAAGCCAGAGGACCUCCAGCGCAGCUAUGCCGCUGAAGUUGGAGGCGAGGCCAACCCCAAGGGCUGGUAUGGCAGCAUGAUCAACAACCUUGGCGCGUGUAUUGGAACUAUGGGCGCAAUUCCCUGCUGCGUCAUCUGCCCCAACCCUUAUAAGCACGUCAACCAAGGCCAUGUUGGUCUCAUCACCAAGUUCGGUCGUUUCUACAAGGCUGUCGACCCCGGUCUGAUUAAAGUCAACCCCCUCAGCGAGAGACUUAUUCAGGUGGAUGUCAAGAUCCAGAUAGCUGAAGUCCCGGAACAAACGUGUAUGACCAAGGACAAUGUCACGCUGCGCCUAACCUCCGUCAUCUACUAUCAUAUUGUGUCUCCUCAUAAGGCUGCUUUUGGCAUCUCCAACGUCCGCCAGGCUCUUGUGGAGCGUACCCAGACUACCCUCCGUCACGUUGUAGGUGCUCGUGUGCUCCAGGACGUGAUUGAGCGUCGCGAGGAGAUUGCUCAGUCUAUUGGAGAGAUCAUUGAGGAUGUUGCCGCUGGUUGGGGAGUCCAGGUCGAGAGCAUGCUUAUCAAGGAUAUCCUCUUUAGCCAAGAUUUGCAAGAUUCGCUCUCAAUGGCUGCCCAGAGCAAGCGGAUUGGUGAAAGCAAGAUUAUCGCCGCAAAGGCUGAGGUCGAAUCGGCCAAAUUGAUGCGUCAAGCCGCCGAUAUCUUGAGCUCUGCUCCUGCUAUGCAAAUCCGAUACCUCGAGGCUAUGCAAGCUAUGGCCAAGUCCGCCAACAGCAAGGUCAUUUUCCUGCCUGGCAGCAGCCAGCCUCUCGGUGGAGCUGCAAUGAAUGCUGCUCUGGGCGACUUUGUCCAGUCUGGUGAGGGCAGUGGCGCCGCUGCCGGAAACACCCGCGAUUUUGGAGGUCAGGACGCUUUCCAACAAGCCAUGAACGCUCGCGUCGUGGAAAACUUCUAG